AUGGGGGAUGCUGCCAUGAAAGAAUUUGGGCCAGCAGCCCCGUACCUGCGAAAGUCAGACCGGGAGCGUCUGGAGGCCCAGACCCGCAUUUUUGACAUGAAGAAGGAAUGUUUUGUUCCCGAUCCUGAUGAGGAAUAUGUGAAGGCUUCCAUCGUCAGCCGGGAGGGCGAUAAAGUCACUGCUGAGACAGCGAAAGGGAAGACUGUCACUGUGAAGGAGGUGGAUGUCCACCCCCAGAACCCGCCAAAGUUUGAUAAAAUUGAAGACAUGGCGAUGUUCACCUUCCUCCAUGAGCCAGCUGUGCUGUUCAACCUCAAAGAGCGUUACGCAGCAUGGAUGAUCUAUACCUACUCUGGGCUGUUCUGUGUGACUGUCAACCCCUACAAGUGGCUGCCAGUCUACGACAAGGAGGUGGUCAAUGCCUAUAGAGGAAAGAAGAGGAGUGAAGCUCCUCCUCACAUCUUCUCCAUCUCUGACAAUGCUUAUCAGUACAUGCUAACUGACAGAGAAAAUCAGUCUAUUCUCAUCACUGGAGAAUCUGGUGCUGGGAAAACAGUCAACACUAAGAGAGUCAUCCAGUACUUUGCCAGCAUUGCUGCUGGAGGUGGGAAAAAGGACACAGGAUCUGAAAAAAAGGGUACUCUGGAGGAUCAAAUCAUCCAGUGUAACCCAGCUCUGGAGGCCUUUGGAAAUGCAAAGACCAUCAGGAAUGACAACUCCUCCAGAUUUGGUAAAUUCAUCCGCAUUCAUUUUGCAGCCAGUGGAAAGUUGGCUUCAGCUGAUAUUGAGACAUAUCUGCUAGAGAAGUCCCGCGUGACAUUUCAGCUGAAGGCUGAGAGAGAUUAUCACAUCUUCUAUCAGAUUCUGUCUCAGAAGAAACCAGAGCUGUUAGAGAUGCUGCUCAUCACCAACAACCCCUAUGACUACGCUUUCAUCUCCCAAGGAGAGACAACUGUAACCUCCAUUAACGAUGCAGAUGAACUGAUGGCCACUGAUGAGGCCUUUGAUGUUCUUGGUUUCACACAAGAAGAAAAGAACGGCAUUUACAAGCUAACUGGUGCCAUCAUGCACUACGGUAACAUGAAGUUUAAGCAGAAGCAGCGAGAGGAGCAGGCAGAGGCAGACGGCACUGAAGUCCUCAGGAGGAAAAAGAAUCCAGCCGGGAUGACAGGGAAAGGUGUGUCCGAACCAGAGGCAGAGAUGCUGACCGGCGUCCGUGGAAUCAUGGGGGAUGCAGAGAUGUCAGUGUUCGGUGCAGCAGCCCCGUUCCUGAGGAAGUCAGAGAAGGAGCGGAUGGAGGCUUCCACCCGUACUUUCGAUAUCAAGAAGGAAUGUUUCGUCCCAGAUUCAGUGGAGGAGUUUGUGAAGGCAACCGUCACCAGCCGAGACGGAGAGAAGGUCACUGUAGAAACACAGAACGGAAAGACUUUGACUGUGAAAGAAACGGAUGUUCUGCAACAGAACCCGCCAAAGUUUGACAAAAUUGAAGACAUGGCCAUGCUGACCUUCCUCCAUGAGCCAGCUGUGCUGUUCAACCUCAAAGAGCGUUACGCAGCAUGGAUGAUCUAUACCUACUCUGGGCUGUUCUGUGUGACUGUCAACCCCUACAAGUGGCUGCCAGUCUACAACAAGGAGGUGGUCGUUGCCUAUAGAGGAAAGAAGAGGACUGAGGCUCCUCCUCACAUCUUCUCCAUCUCUGACAAUGCUUAUCAGUACAUGCUGGCAGACAGAGAAAACCAGUCAAUCCUCAUCACCGGAGAAUCUGGUGCUGGAAAGACUGUAAACACCAAGCGUGUCAUCCAGUACUUUGCAAGCAUUGCUGCUGGAGGCGUGAAGAAAGACGCGAAUGCCAAAGACAAGGGAACCCUGGAGGAUCAAAUCAUUCAGGCUAAUCCUGCUCUGGAGGCCUUUGGUAAUGCUAAGACCAUCAGGAAUGACAACUCCUCCAGAUUUGGGAAAUUCAUCCGCAUUCAUUUCGACACCAGGGGAAAAUUAGCCUCUGCUGAUAUCGAAACAUACCUUCUGGAGAAAUCUCGUGUGAUCUUCCAGCUCAAGGCUGAGAGAGAUUAUCACAUUUUCUACCAGAUUCUGUCCAAUAAGAAGCCGGAGCUUCUGGGUAAGUACAGGGCACUGGCGCUUUUAUGA